CAAAUAAUCCCAUCGAUUAUCGACGUUAUCUGAUACUUUGAACGCAGUAAAAGUUUGACCUUUAACCUGUGAUUACAAGAAGAUGGUCACGUGAAAAUUGAAAGUAACGGCUUAUAUUUUACUUAAACAUGGCGGAGAAACGUUACAAAUUGAUAUUUUUUAAAGCUUACAGUUACUUGAAACGUGUGCUAACUUCUUACUUAUGGUGUUUUGCUUUAUCCUUCUUGUUACUCAGCAUAACCGGAGUGAUACCUCCCUACAAACGUUCCUUCGUAUGUAACGACGAAAAGAUUGAUAAACCAUUUCGUGGAGACACCGUAACGCCAUUGUUAUUCACUUUAAACACGUUACUCCUCCCCAGUUUAGUGAUCUUCUUAACAGAUCGUUCCACACUUAAGAAUGGUGUAAGAGGUUGGCGUACAGAUGUACGACGGUAUUUACGAGGAUUAUUGUACGUGCUGACCGUCACAGAACUGUUGAAAAUUUCUGUAGGAGAAUUAAGGCCUCACUUUUUACAUUCCUGCUUACCUGAUGUUAAAUGUGUCGCUGGCAUAGUUUCGUCGUACAACUGUACGGAUACUCGAAGCUCUUGGUUGAGGAAACUGGAUGUUUAUAAAUCCUUCCCUUCUGGCCAUGCAUCUUUAUCAUCGUAUAUGUUUCUUUACAUCUACUUCUACAGCGAAGAAAGAAUUAGAAAAGGAUCCGUUCGUUUGUUCAUCCGGAUAAUGUUUUUAGUAUGGAGCUUCGUCUGCUGCAUCACCAGAAUCACGGAUGAUCGGCAUUUUUGGUGGGACGUCCUCUUUGGAGCCAUUCUAGGAAUCGUUCAGGGAUUCGUAAUGAUUACUUACAAUCGCACGCAAGAAGAAUCGCUCCAAAAAUUAUGAAUCUUAUAAAGAUUUAGUGAAUUCUGUGUAUAAAUUCAACGUGCUUCAGAUCCACUGGUUGGCCCGGAAUUCAGUUAACCGCUUUUCGUUUCGUUUGUUUCAAUCAGAGUUGGAAAACAGCACAAAAACACGUAGAACUGUUAAUUGACUUUUGGGCCACCCCAUAUAUAAAAAUUUGUUUCUGUGGCUAUUUAAAAUGUUAUAUUAACGAUAAUUUAAUAAAUUAUUCUGAUUUUUAUUGUUAUUAAAAUAAUUAUUUUCUAAAAUGCUUGGCGCUGUUAAUAUUCUCUGCUCCAACAAACAGUUUAAUCAAGCGUUUUAGUUAAAUGUCUUAAGCCGAAAUUAACUGGAUAAUGACGUAAUAACGAUGAUUACAACAGGGAAAACCAAAAUAGUCGCAGGUAUUUAAGUAUUUAUGAGGGAAAUAUCGAACGUCCGGGUUCAAUUUUCGUUAGAGGAAAACACAGAGGAAAAAGGACAAUACAGAAAUUGAUAUGAUUUAUGACUCUCAACAAAAUCUAUCCUGCAUUAAAAGUCUAUCGAGCGGAAGAAAAUGGCAUCCAUAAAAUCAUUCAGUAAAUUUUAUAACCAAGGAAAAAAGUAAAAUUUAUCAAUGAGUUGCUUAACUUUCCCGGCAACAUUUAAAACUGCGUG